CUGAAUGGACUGUAGGUACGCGCUUGCCAGUACAGUGCCGUGGAGAACCGGUACCAGGGAACGAAUUACUUCAUCAAACAAAAUUUAAUACUUACUUCGCAGUAGAGGCGAAGCCGCAGGAAAUCACAAACCGAGGAGCGGCCGGUCCAACACAAGUUAGUUUCCGCCAUCCUGUCGGUACCACCGCUCCACAUCGUCUGGGUCUCGUGUCCGCCGCACUGCUAAACAUCAUUGCGCGCAGCAGGUGUUGACGUGGCGAGCGGCGUGAAAAAGCACAUUGCCCAGCAUGGCAGCGGAGCUCGAUAGCGGCGAAGGACUGGCAAAGCUGCUGGGAAAUGUCCUGUUGGAAAGCUCUAAAACGAGGAAGGAGGUUCCAACGGCGUCUCUGGCCGGGGAGGGCAAAGUGAUCGGAUUAUACUUCAGUGGCCAAUGGUGUCCUCCGUGCAAGGCAUUCACCCCAGUACUGCUUGCAUUCUACCAUGCAUUCAAGACCUCAUCAGAGCGUGGAGAAUUGCUGGAUGUGGUAUUUAUCAGCUCGGACCGCAACAAAGAGUCGUUUCAUGAGUACUACAGUGAAAUGCCAUGGCACGCAAUGCCCUACGAAUGCAGAGAGAAGAAGGCUGAGCUCACUCGUAAAUUCAGGAUCACAGGCAUCCCCUCACUUGUGCUAGUUGAUGGACAGACGGGGAAGGUCAUUUCGACAUCGGGCCGUAACAUAGUGGCUGCUGAUCCAGAGGCAAAGAAGUUCCCGUGGAAACCGCAGACCGUUGAAGAAAUACUUAAACGUGGAGAUUUCAUGCAGGGCGACGGUUCUCUUGUGAAGUUCUCUGAGCUAUCUGGAAAAACAGUUGGCCUCUAUUUCUCGGCCGAAUGGUGUCCUCCAUGCCGCAGCUUUGCACCCGUCAUUCUCAGAGCCUACAAUAUCCUCAAUGACAGGAAAAAGAAAUUUGAGGUUAUAUAUGUCAGCAGUGACCACUCUAUGUCGCAAUUUCUGGAGUAUUUCGAGCCAUUGCCAUUCUUGGGGAUUGGACCGGAUGAUGAGCGGCGGGAGAUGCUAGGCGAUCGAUUUAGUGUUAACGGCAUACCAAGACUUGUCCUCUUUGAUGAGAAUUGGAAGAUGAUUUCUGACGAUGCCCGGAUGUCAUUGAUGGCAGAUCCGGACUGUGAGCACUUUCCCUGGCAGUACCAACUUGUCAACUUUCUUCAUGAGCAGUUUGCAAGAUACUUGAAUGAGGAAAGCUGUGUCGUGUACUUCACAGAUGGAACCAAAAGGCAAAUUUCCAAUGCGGAGAAUGCUCUUGAGCCAUGCGCUCGGGCAGAAGUGGAAUCUGCUAGGGCUGCGGACGAGCCACAAAAAAUUCACUUCUUCGUUGGAACAAUCGACAGUGAAGUGUCCAGAACCAUUGCGCAAUUCAUUGGGCUACCAAGUGAUCGUCCUGCUGUUACAAUAAUCGACUGUCCUCUUCGGACUUGGUAUUAUUACAACGGAAGCCUUGAUGCGCGAGGUAUGGAUCUGUUUGUUGCCAACUAUCGAGCUGGAAAGCUAGACAAGCAUGACAUCAAGCAACCGACUGGUAGCGACAGCAUCACACCGCCCCGAUGAUUUGCAACAUGGGUGACACGUGAGCGACAGCACAAUGCAAGCAUAUCAUGUUGUAGUCUGAGGUACGUGUGUGCCCUCACUUAUUCCGAUGUACGCCUGGCACCGUUUGUACCCCUGGGAAAUCCCCUAUUCUCUGCUUUAUGCGGAAUGAGGCGGCUUGAUCUGCUUCACAAGGUCUAUCUUCUUCCAUGAACUGGUCAAAUUACUCGAUUACUCCCUUCGACAGAUGUAGAUUACUGAAAUUAGUGCUAUAGAAAACGUAGAGAAACUUUCCAGAAUAUAGUCUCAAGCAUAAAAUCAUAUCACCUGCUUUGUAUCGUAUCUACAACAGAUUUUUACCAGUUUCGCACGAAAAUAUCAAUGGUCAUGCUUUCAACUGCUGUAUAUGCCUCCCUGCUUUGGUUCAAGGUAGCCGCCUCACAUUAUUGAUUCAGCAAUAGCUUCUGAUCUACCAGUUCCAUUUUAGAUGGAUAAGAGCAGUUAACAUAUUGUUAACGGCGUAGUUCCUUCAGUGUUGUAAACCAUACUACAGUGUAUGCACUAAAACUCGACCUUCCGAGAAUGAAGAGCAAAGUCCUGUCAUUA